AUGGAUAUACAAAGAGAAUACAACAUGAAAAACACAUCGUAUCCCAAAACCAAAAUCAAGAUUCUGUUGCUGGAAAACAUCAGCGAAUCGGCUAUCAAAGAAUUCACCAAUUCGGGAUAUGUUGAAGUGAAAACCUUCAAAGGUGCAUUGGAAGAAGAGGAACUGAUUAAGCAGUUGAAAGAUGUGCAUUUAUUGGGCAUUCGCUCGAAAACAACCGUUACUCGAAAAGUAUUAGAGAAGGCUGAAAAGCUUUUAGGCAUUGGCUGUUUCUGUAUUGGCGUGAAUCAAGUGGAUUUGAAAGCGGCUACUGAAAAAGGCGUAGCAGUAUUUAAUGCUCCAUAUUCCAACACGCGCUCUGUCGCUGAAUUAGUGAUGGGGCUAAUGAUUAUGUUGAUCCGAAAAGUACCGGAUAAAAAUAAAGCGGCUCACGAAGGUAUUUGGUUGAAAGAUGCCAAAGGUUGUUUUGAAAUGCGCGGCAAAACCCUUGGUAUUAUUGGCUAUGGCAACAUUGGCUCGCAGGUUUCGGUAUUGGCGGAAGGCUUCGGUAUGAAGGUGGUUUUCUAUGAUGUAGAACGCAAACUACCGGUGGGAAACUCACAAGCUGUAAGUAAAUUGAGCGAUGUGUUGAAACAAGCCGACAUUGUUACAUUGCACGUGCCGAGCGAUAAAACAACGCGCAACUUGAUUAAUGCUACUACACUGGCGCAAAUGAAAAAAGGCGCACUGUUAUUGAAUUACAGCCGAGGCGAUGUAGUGGAUUUAGCCGCACUUAAAAAGGCUUUAGAUAAAGGACAUAUUGCCGGCACAGCUAUUGAUGUUUUCCCUGAGGAACCGGAGAAAAACGGAGCGGCAUUUCAUUCUGAAUUGCAGAAUGUGUCGAAUGUGAUGCUAACGCCACACAUUGGCGGAUCAACAGAAGAAGCGCAGUUUAACAUUGGUAUUGACGUAGCCGUGAAGAUGGUGAACUACUUGGAAAACGGCUCAUCAUACGGCUCGCACACAGUGCCAUCGUUGAAUUUGAGUCCGCAAGCCAACACACACAGAAUUUUACAUAUCCACCGCAACAUUCCCGGGGUGUUGGGUGAAAUCAACACAAAACUUUCAUCGCACAACAUCAACAUUGUGGGGCAAUACUUGAAAACCAACGAGCAAAUUGGUUAUGUGGUGUUGGAUAUAGAAUCGAAAUUAUCGAAAGAAGCCCUUUCGUUAUUGAAAGAAGUGAAAGGCAGUAUCAAACGAAAGCCAAGCGGACAUAAAGGCACUUUCGGACAUGCACUUAUUGUUGCCGGAAGUACCGAAAAAACAGGCGCAGCCAUACUCUCGUCAACAGCUGCAUUGAAAAGCGGUUGCGGAUUACUGACGGCUGCUGUACCCUCAUCGGCUGUAACGCCCUUGAUGUGCAGGCUGCCGGAGGCUAUGGUUUUAUUGCGCGACAUAGACUUGGCCAUUUCUUCUGUCGAUAUUUCAAAAUAUGAUGCGAUUGGUUUUGGUCCUGGCGUUGGGGUUACAAAAGAAAGUGCGGCACUGUUGUUUCAUAUUUUGUAUCAACACCAACAACCUUUGGUAAUAGAUGCCGAUGGAAUUACCCUAUUAGCGCAGAACAAAGGCUGGUUCGAAUUGUUGAAACCCAAUAUUAUUCUAACGCCACAUGUUGGCGAAUUUGACCGCUUAACAAAGAAGCAUACAUCACAUACCUCACGCUUUGAAACGCAAUUGGCUUUUUCGAAAAAGCAUAAAGUAACUAUUCUACUCAAAGGACCACAAACUACCAUCACCACAGCAGAUGGUAAGGUAUUCAAAAACACAACCGGCAACAAUGGCAUGGCCACAGCCGGCAGUGGCGAUGUGCUGACGGGUAUAAUCACCUCACUGUGCGCACAAGGUUAUGCUGCUGUUGAAGCCGCUUGUUUAGGCGCAUACCUACAUGGCUAUGCGGGCGAUGUGGCUGCAGCAAAAUUUUCGAAAACG